UGUUAAAGCCAGUCCUCAUCUUUGAAAAAGUCCAAUACUCCUUCCUUCUUUGUUUUUGUUUUGUUUCUUAUUUGUAUCUUGUUAAGUAUCAUUGUAAGACCUUUUCAUGUAAUUGGAUAGCUAAUUAUACCAUCAUCCCUUUUUUCUAGUUUCAUUGAUUUCCCCAAUGGCAACCUAAUUUUCCAACCUCACAUUGCCUAUUAAUAUCAGCUGAGCACCCGAUCUUUUUACAGCAGCGCUGUUGCUUUUUCUCUAUUCUCCGGCUACACCCCUGGCCAGCAUAAUAUUAGUAUAACUCCAUAUAUUUGUAUAUGGGCAAGGAAAAUUACAUGGAAAGAAUCACUCUAGAUCCUUUCAAGUGUUUCCAUUGUUGUUUCUUUAUCGUUCUUUUGUUGUUGGGAACAACCGAAUCCAAGGAGUACAUCGUAGGUGACGAAGAUGAGUGGAAUUCAGGGUCUAACUACCAGAGGUGGUCUCAAAAAUACAAUUUCAGCAUUGGGGACGUUCUUGAAUUCGACUAUGUGAAAGGACAACAUAAUGUAAAAGAGGUGACAGAAAUUGCAUUCAGGACUUGUGACACUGAGAUCAGUGGAGCUGUGUUAGAAAAGUAUGAGAGUGGGCAUGACAAAGUCUGCCUCACCCAAGCAAGGAAUUACUGGUUUGUUUGCGACGUACCUGGACACUGUAGUGGAGGGAUGAAGUUUGGCAUUCAAGUAACUAAUGCUGAUACUACUGCUCCACAUCCCUGUGCACCACAACCCAGUGCACCGCAAACCAGUGGAGUCCUCCAUCUUCUUCAGAGAGCUGGUUGGAAUAUGGGAUAUUGGUCUAGUUAUGUUGUUGUGGCAUGUGGGGUCUUAUUAAUUAUUCCUUACUGGUGAUGCGGGCGGCAGCAGCAAGGUAAAUAUAAGUUUUGGCCCUCAAAUCUUCCAUUUUUUUGGGUGUUUGCGAACUACUUAUAUAGGAUAAUUGGAGUAUUAUUUAUUUCUAUGUAUACUAGCCAUUUAUUUACUUUUUUUUAUCUAGGGAGUCCGAUAACGUGUGAACGUACAUAUACUCUAUAAACUAAAUCAAUAAACCAGGAUUGUAAAGGGGUAGAAUCAUAUUACCUAUAGAAUUUAUAAGUAUUGUAGUAGACAAAACUUUUGUAAAGUUCAUGGUUGACGAAAUAAAAGUGUCCAUGAGAACUACAGAGGCAA